AUGGAAAGCACAGACAAGCUAGUUUCUCCACAGAGGAAAAGGCAGAAUCCCAACCGGUGCCGACCAAAAUCAAGAGGGGGCUGCCAGAGGUGCAAGCAGCGGCGACGCAGAUGUGACGAGGCAAAACCGAGUUGUCAUGAAUGUAUCAAGCGAGGACACACAUGUCCCGGGUACCAAAAGCAGAGCUUGAAAUGGCGAUAUGUUUAUGAAGGCAGCGAAGAGCCAAAUCAGCCAACACCACCACCCAAGUCUCCUGACACGGCUGCGACCGAAUUUUCCGAGUUCCCUGUGAAAAAUUCCACAUUGCAGGGAAAAGACAACAUUCAGAAUGAAACCCAAAGCAUCUGGGAUACGGCUUGCCCAACCCUUUUUGACCAGCUGCCGAAUCUUAAUGAGCCAACAGAUGUUUGGCUCUACACUGAGUCGGGUUUGAGUAGUACGGUUUUAGCGAAACCUGAAGACGAGCUGGAUGGGUUGUCGAUUUUGCGUCAACGACUGGCCAACACAACCGUCCCCUCCUUUCUCAUCCAACUGCCAGUGAUGUUGGUGCAAUAUUACUUUCAUACAGUUUGUAACCAAUGGUCAUCUUUUGACUGUCCUCUCAAUCCUUUCCGAGUUAUUGUCAGCCGACUCUGGAGUCGAAGUGCGGCGAUCUACUUUGCUAUCCAGAGCAUGUCAGCUGCCUCGCUGGCCAACGAUUUUCCAACCAUGCGAGCCAUCGGAAUACAGACUCAGCAGCAGGCAAUUGCGUGUCUGAAUAAUAGUGUCCAAAAGGGCUCCACUCAGACAAAGGAUGAUGAGUAUUUUCUAGCACUGCUGAUGAUUGGAUCCACCACUGGGUGGCACGAUGCUUCCGAUUUGGGGCUUCCAUAUCUGAGGGCGGCACAGGACCAUCUUCUGAGACAAGAACGCCAGUGCAAGAAUGCAAACUCUGCCCUCGCAAAACAACAUCCACUCUUCAAGCAGUGUCUUCUUUGGUGGAACUUACUGGCUGCCUUUGUGGCAGAGGAGUCGUCCAUUCUUGACAUAGAAAACUCCAUAGAAACUAGCGACACGAAUCUUUCUGUCUAUCUUGUCGAUGGGGAGGUCCUACCGCAUCCCUGGACAGGGUCCCUCAGAUACUCCUUGGGUCUCUUCUAUCGAACUGCAAGAGUGAUCCGGGCCGCAAGAACCUCCCACCGCCGAAGGCCACAGGCUUUAGAUCCCACCUUGAUUGACUUGAGCUCCAUGGCCGAGGAACUCGAUCUCAGACAAGAAGCCGAACAUCUCGAGGACAAAAUACUGUUUACUGGCUUCUCAUUCUAUUGUGGGCCUGUUGACAUCGGUGAUACAAACACGCCACCGUCGCAUUUUCUUACUUUGGCCGAGGCAUAUCGCUGUACGGCACUGUUGCAAAUCUACCACGUUUUUCCGGAUAUCCUCGAAGAAAGACUACGAAGUAACCAAGCUGCGGGUUGCGAAGGCCCUAUUCCGGCCCUCUUUUUGUUGUUGUUCCCAACUGCCACUGGAUGGUCAUCGUGCUCGGUGGAAAACGCACGCCACACCCUGGCAUUGCACAUUGUAUCUCUCUUGGAGCAGCUUCCUUCCACGUCUGGAACAAAGGUUAUGCAGCCCAUCGUUUUGGCUUGCGUCUCCAGUGAUCUUGUUUUCUCGUCUGGGUUUGUGUUGGGCGCUGCACAACAUACGAUCCCCAGUCUGAGUACGCUGGAUGUUGAUAUUGCCCGGGCCAGACGAAAGGUCAAAAUGCGGUUGUCUGAACUUAUCUUAAUUCUUCCAAAGCUACCAAUGCAACGCAUUUAUAACGUUGUGCAUGAGACCUGGGACCGUGCGGACUCUGGUUUAGAAGUAUUCUGGCUGGAUGUUAUGCUGGAUUUGAAUUUGGAAACGAUUAUGGGAUAG